AUGCCGCCGCCGCCACCGCCACGGGCGCUGCCGGAAGAAGUCGUCGAGGAGAUUUUACUCCGCCUCCCGCCGCACAAGCCCGCGUAUCUCGUCCGUGCAUCCGUCGUCAGCAAGCCCUGGCUCGCCCUAGUCUCCGGCGCCCGCUUCAGAGAUCGCUACCGUCAAUUCCAUGGACCUCCUCCCAUGCUUGGCUUCCUCAAAUCGAGACCCUGGAAUUGCUGGUUUCGGCCGGAAGAUCCCAGCCCACCUUUCAUCUCCACCUCGAGGUUCCGUGCACGCAUCUCGGACGACGACAGCUGGGACCAUAACAACUAUGCCGUGUGGGACUGCCGCCAUGGCCGCGUCCUCCUCGGAGAAAAGAACGCCGCACCUAUGAAGAUGGCCGUCUGGGACCCCAUGACAGGCCGCCGGAGGGAGCUGCAAGAGCCCCGCCGCAUGGUGGUGGAGCACAAAGAUGGCCUUCACGCGGCGGCGGUGGUCUGCGCGGUAAGCGGCUGCGACCACCGCGCCUGCAAUGACGGCCCCUUCCGGGUGGUCUUCUUCUCCUUGCACAACGUUGAUGAGUUUCCCGGCUUUGCUGCGCAAGCCUGCGUAUCCUCGCCGGAGACGACCGAACACAUCAACCUGCCCUCUGAUUCUCGUCGCGCUCAGUGGAGCGAGCCAUGCUCUCGCAUUCCCAUUGAGCCGGUUGGAUUCAUCGAGCCAAACCACCCCGUCCUCGUCAAAGACGCCCUCCACUUCAUGCUUGCGUUUGAAUAUGAUUAUAAUAAUGUUCUAUAUGAUGGUCUCGCUCGUGUACAAAUUCUGAAAUACGACUUGGGCUCCGAUUCAUUGUCGCUAAUCUAUCCACCGAUGGCGGCGGAGGACACUUUUGGAAACUCUAUCCUCAUGGCGAUGGAGGAUGGUACUCUGGGGCAGGAGGGCAUUCUCAAUCAAGAUGAGCAACUUGGAGGCGACAAGUCAAGGGUCUUUUGCUGA